CAACCCUUAUAUAAUUCCACCCAAACACUGACAAUUCUCAGCACCCAAAAUCACAAAAUCAAAACCCUAAUUCCUAAAUUUUUUUCAAAUUUCAAAUACCAAUAUGCCUUCGAUUCCCGAAGAGCCAUUGCUUGCUCCGAACCCGGACCGGUUCUGCAUGUUUCCAAUUCAGUACCCGGAGAUAUGGGAGAUGUACAAGAAGGCCGAGGCCUCGUUCUGGACCGCCGAGGAGGUCGAUCUCUCCGGCGACGUACGUCACUGGGAAAACCUAACCGAUGACGAGAGGCACUUCAUCACUCACGUGCUCGCCUUCUUCGCCGCCUCCGACGGCAUCGUUUUGGAGAAUCUGGCGGGGAGGUUCAUGAAGGAGGUCCAGGUUUCGGAGGCUCGCGCUUUCUAUGGCUUCCAGAUUGCGAUCGAGAACAUCCACUCCGAAAUGUACAGUCUCUUGCUCGAGACCUAUAUCAAGGACUCGGCCGAGAAGAACCGGCUGUUCCACGCGAUGGAGACCGUUCCUUGCGUGGCGAAGAAGGCCGAGUGGGCCCUGCGGUGGAUCGACGGCGGAGAAUCGUUCGCGGAGAGGCUCAUCGCCUUCGCUUGCGUCGAAGGCAUUUUCUUCUCCGGAAGCUUCUGCGCGAUAUUUUGGCUAAAAAAGCGCGGGUUAAUGCCCGGGUUAACCUUCUCCAACGAGUUGAUCUCGCGAGACGAAGGUCUCCACUGCGAUUUCGCGUGCCUGCUCUACACUCUCUUGCGCAAGAAGCUGAGCGAGGAGCGCGUGAAGGCUAUCGUCCGCGACGCGGUGGAUAUAGAGAGGGAGUUUGUGUGCGACGCGCUGCCCUGCGCGUUGGUUGGGAUGAACGGCGAUCUGAUGAGCCAGUACAUCGAGUUUGUGGCGGAUAGGCUUUUGGGCGCGUUGGGGUGUGGCAAAAUCUACGAUGUUCAGAACCCAUUUGAUUGGAUGGAACUGAUUUCGUUGCAAGGAAAGACCAAUUUCUUUGAGAAGAGAGUUGGGGAGUACCAGAAGGCUUCUGUGAUGUCAAGUUUGAAUGCAAAUGGUGGUGACACCCAUGUGUUCAAGUUGGAUGAGGAUUUCUGAUUUGGUGCCUAAUUAUGUACUUAAUAUUUAAUAUUUGUGUUUCUAUUUUUUUAGUUUUUAGUUUUAAAGUGCUUUUUAUAUUUUUAAUUUUAGUUUCUUUGUUUGUUCAAUUUCUUGUUUAGAAAUGAUAAAAAGAAAAUUUCGUUCA